UCUGUGUUUCAGCACUAACAAUGGCAGAUCAGGCAAGGAACUGGAUCACAAGAAAGUGGAAGUCUCGUCAUAAAGAAGAUGACGCUGCAGUCAGUGGAACAGAUGCCACUUUCCGUCUGCCUUCCCUUCUUCGAAGGCUACAUCGCCAGCAAGUUGACGAGUCGUCUCUCAGAAGAUCUCAUCAACAUGGAGACAUAUACGAGACAUCGGGCGAAGCAGUGCAUCAAGAACCGAGCACCCUUUGUUCUAGAUGUUCUACCAUAUAUGUCAAGGGCCUUUUUGUCGAUGCUGUCGGCAAGCCUACAGCAACAAAAUUGAUCAAUCUUGGAGAACUUGGGGUAGAAGCUGAGCUAUCGUCCUGCUCAUUGUGUCGCCUUUUCCAUGCGGUGAGGAUACAGGAUGAUGAUAAUUCCCCAAUAGACGGCUACGAUAACUCUCCAAUUGAGGGCUACGAUAUCGCUCCGGUGAAAGAUUACUUCCUAUACCUGAUUGAUCCUCCACCACGGAUGUAUCGUUGGGACCGACCAGUACUAGCUGUAGUCAAAGAGAAAUGGACUUCAAGGCUACCCACGGGCGCAAUAUAUCAUUACAUACAUGACAUGGGAUUGUCUCGUGGGUUUAUUGCAGCUUCCAAGAUGGACCCUUUUGUGUACUCAGUACGGGCACUGUCUAUCGAUGCAAUGUCGGUCGACUUCAACAUUAUUCGAGGUUGGAUACACCGUUGUGCUGAGGACCAUAAGUUAUAUUGCACCCAAGGUGAAACAUCGGCUCUGUGGCCAGCAAAGAUGAAGUUGAUCGAUUGUGAACGGCGGAAGAUUGUGUCAGCACAGCCAUCAUAUACGUAUUCUGCGCUCAGCUAUGUAUGGGGUACAAGCAGAUCUGACGAUGGGGAUCGGUGUGUCCAUAAUGAACUCCCCGCAACCCUGCCACGGACUGUUGCGGAUGCUCUAAAAGUCACUAAGGAGCUCGGUCUUCGAUACAUCUGGAUUGACAGGUAUUGCAUCAAUCAGAAAGAGGAUGAUGAAAAACAAGUCCAGAUCCGUCAAAUGGACCUUAUAUACCAAAAGGCGUUCGUGACUAUCAUCGCUGCAGCAGGCACUGAUCCUCAUUUUGGCCUACCUGGAGUUAGUGCUACCUCGAGAAGUCCUCAACCAACUGCCUGGGUCAAUGGACGAUGCCAUGUAUCAACCCUAACAAGUCCGCGACUGCUCAUCAAUGCCUCUAAGUGGAUGCGACGAGCAUGGACCUAUCAGGAGAGCUAUUUUUCGACCCGACGCAUUGUUUUCACAGAGCAACAAGUACUUUAUGAGUGUCGAAGCGGUAUUGCGUAUGAGACCGUCGAUACUUUCCAGGAAAAUGGCGUAUAUUAUCUUCUCAACCAGCCCGCGGUUGGUAAAGAUGACCAUUCAAAUAUCUGCCAACUUCUGGAGGAAUAUUGUGGGAGAGAACUAUCUGUCGACUCUGAUGCUAUACGCGCAUUUGAGGGUGUGUUUCACAACUACAGGAGAAGGCACCACGUUCAUCAAUACCUGGGCAUCCCCAUCAUGCCAUUACAGACGGAAAUCUCGCUGGAAAAUAGGCAUCGCAGCAGGGGUGAGGCUUUCGCUGCGGGGCUCACCUGGUGCAAUAAAGUGCCGGGUACCAGGCGUAGCCUGUUCCCCACGUGGAGUUGGGCUGGAUGGACCGCACCGAUCAAUUAUAAAGGUCGGCUAUGCUGGCGUGGACUUGAACUCGGGAAUGAAAGACCAUUGAAGGUCUUUGUAGAGAGCUGUGACGGAUCUCUUUGGGACAUGGACGAGCUGAGCGACGUCUCGCUAGACUGGGGUGUUCUUGGUUCCUCUGGCAAGUUUAUCCAUAUCGAAGCAUGGACAAUACCCGUCGAUGUGCAGUGUAUGCCUAAUAGGGCAGAAGAAUUCCGAUACCACAAAUAUUGGUAUGAAGACGGCUCCGGAUAUCUUGCUAGAUUUCAAGGCGAUGAGAGAGUGGUCAAAAUUCCCAUGCAUUCACUGUAUCAGAAGCAUGGGAAUGGUGUUCCUACACAGCAAAGUUGUGCGCCAGACUUCGAACAACAUAGUCUGUUGGGUAUAGUGUUAGGCAGAUGUGAAGACCUUUCAGAUCUUGUUCCCGCUAAUGUCAUCUUUAUCAUGGUUGUACAAGAAAAAGAAUACUAUUACGAACGAGUUGGGCAUAUACUUUUUGCAAUGGAAUGUCCGCCAGGGUUCGAGGGCCACAUUCCAAUCGACGAGUCCGCGGAACGUGAAUUGCAGACUAUAUUUCGUUCGAAGAAAAGAAGAACUAUUCGUUUGGGUUGAUGGAGGCUUGCAGGAUCAAACUUGGUAUCGUUAUCGAGAAUUGCGGGCUAUACCUUGUCCGAGGCCACGAUCAAUGCUUCACGUCAUGCGCAUUACCGAAGCAGUGGACAGAAGAGGAUAACCCAAACUUAACACCCAUACCAUUACAACCCGAACGGUGACCUCUGCUACUUAAACGCUGUAUAUAAGAUUCCACUCUGUAUCAUUAGGCCAAGAGACGUCUAGGAAGGCCAGGCCAAGAGACACAUUGCAUAAGAGAAUCUACAAUCAUAAAGCGAAACCCAU